UCCGCCGCGACUAACGUCGCUCGCGGCCGCGUCCACUUCGCUCCGCCGGCUCCGCGCCGAGUUACGUGCUGCAAAAUACUACUUCGCGCUACCUUGAACCGACUAAACUUCCCGUAAACCGCGUUGUGAUAAGCUUACUAGUGAAAUUUAUAGCACAAAUAAACUAAAAUGUUCCGUCUUUAAAUCCUACAUCUGUUUUUCUUCCAAAAAUAAAUAGAUUAUUUAUAACCUCGAUCGAGUUAGAGAAAGUAAACAUUUGUAUCUGCUUUCCUAUCGUAGUGGCCUUGCUUGUUAUCUCGCACCGGUGAAAGCUUAUUGUCACGUUUUCGAUACUUCAAUGUGAUAGUUCUAUUUCUGUAAAAGUUGUGCGGUUUGUAGAGUUUACAUUUUUAGAGUUGUUAAAUAUAGUUUAGAGGUGUAUUUGGUGAAUAGAUUAUUAUAAGCUUCAACGAAGAUACGCAACGAUGUGCCUUAUUAACUAAUAUUGUGCUUUGUUAAUUUAUACUGUGGCCGUGAAAUUUUACCUCCGAAAGUUUACGUGCGAUUGAGUCACCGCCUGAAUAUGCAGUAUUACAAGUUUGUUGUUUUAUCUUCUCUGCUUCUUCUGCCAGAACCUACACCUGCUUGGAGAUCUGACACGGUAAAAAUAUGGGCAAGAACUUUGGGAGAAGAGUUAUGGCGGCUUAGCGAAUCAUUGACGAAAUCAGACCAAAUCAGAAUUAAAUAUAAGCAAAUGAACGCAAGUGUUAAGAAGAAAGAUGGCAAGCAAAUUUUGGACUCAUCACUGCGCUCCGUCAGUACAAUGCUUACAAGAAAAAUCAAUGCCGUUAAGUGUAUUCAUGCAACAGCUGAACGACUUGCGGCAGAUUUUGAGUUCGAUAACAACACAACAUACAAAUAUUGUUCCGCAAAAUACUCGCAGUUUUAUAAUGAAAGCAAACAUAAAAUCGAGGGAAGCGAGAAUAUACCUAAAUUUGCAGAAAAUAAUUCGCACUACACCGAGGUGUCACUGGAAAAGGACUCCCAUUUUUAUGAUAUAAAUGUUAAUACAAGCACAAGCUGUAUUCAUGUACCGACAAAUAUUUACUAUCAAGAGACUGCUGCAUUAAACGCAAUAUUAUGGUCGAAACAGUUAGAUGAAGUAUUCAUAAAUAAUUACAAAUCUGAUCCGUCACUUGUCUGGCAGUAUUUUGGUAGUUCACACGGUGUAUUGCGUUUUUACCCAGGAAUGCCAUGGAAAAAGAAGGGAGUUGACACUUAUGACUGUAGAGUCAAGUCUUGGUAUAUAGAAGCAGCUACAUGUUCCAAGGACGUGAUUGUCCUUUUCGAUGUUUCUGGGUCUAUGACAGGUUUUAAGAACUACGUGGCUAGGAGGACUUUAGACGCUCUUUUAGCCACUUUAUCAAAUAAUGAUUAUGUUAACGUCUAUAAGUUCAAUGCGACGACUUUGGAAGUCGUAGACUGUUUCAAAGGCUUGGUUCAGGCGACACCGGAGAACGUGGCGACUAUAACAGAUGCCCUUGAACCAAUGGAUGACGGGAAAAAACCAAAAGUUGUGUUAGAAGGCAAUGCUAAUCUAACGACUGCCUAUAUUAAAGCCUUCAAGACACUAAAAGAGGAGAGGGAGAGGAAGCAGUGUAACGUGAGUAGUACACAAGGUUGCAACCAGCUCGUGAUGCUCAUAACAGAUUAUGUGCCAGGCAAUCUGACGGAGGUGUUUGAGGAACAUAAUAGAGAAGUUGUCGAUAAUAAGACGUAUAUACCAGUAAGAGUUUUCACUUACCUCAUUGGAAAAGAGGUGACUAAUGUCCGUGAAAUACAGUGGAUGGCGUGCCUCAAUAGAGGUUACUUCGUACACAUUCACUCGGUAGAGGAGGUGCAGCAGCAGGUGCUGAAAUACAUCAACGUGAUCGCUCGCCCAAUGAUUCUAGAAGGAAAAAACCCACCACCUACUUGGACACAUGCGAACAUCGACCACACGAGAACAAAAACGUGGAAUGUGAGCAAAGAUGUCAACAAGCCGGACGAAGAUAAGCUGGUAACGUCAGUGGCGAUACCUGCAUUUGACUACAAGUCCGAUGAAUUUCGCAGUAACGCGUUACUUUUGGGAGUCGCCGGCACUGAUGUGCCUAUAGAUAGUAUAGCGAAGCUCGCACAACCGCAUCAGCUUGGUGUUAAUGGAUAUUCGUUUAUUGUGAGCAAUAAUGGAUACUUGCUGCUACACCCAUUGCUAAUAACUACCAUCAACAAUGAUCUGCAAAAGAACUACAAUAGUGUCGAUUUCGUUGAAGUGGAGCAAGUGGAUGACGGAAAAGGACCCAGAGAGCUAGGAGACAAGAUUAAAGAGUUGAGAGAAAAUUUGGUCAAUGGAAGUGAUGGCAGUAUGACAGAAGUUGAGGUUCUCUAUCAAUAUGAUAGUAUGAGGAGGAUCGCUCGGGUAAAACACGACUAUUUCUUCAAUAAACUGGAAGGCACUCCGUUUUCAAUGGGUAUAUCGUUACCCAUGGGAUAUGGGGAUACAGAACUCAUGCUAAAAGACAAUCCUCUAGAGGCGAAACAAGGACAAGAGCUUAUCGGUGUUAAUGUCACUACAUACUUCGAUUUUGCUUACAGGGUUCAUCCUGACUGGGUGUACUGCAAAUACCAUUAUUUAGAAGGACAUGAAUCACAAAACGCAGAGAUUGAAAUUUUUAAAUUCCUAGUAAAUAUAUCCAGAAACGAAAUAGAUAUAACUAAAAAACAAUAUGGAGAACAAACACAAAGCGUUGAAUUUAAUGUUAGCGAGCAUUGCAGCACGACGCCUCUGGGUAAAGAUGAAUACUAUUGUAACGAAGAUUUAGUAAAACAACUAGUUUUUGACGCAAAGCUCUCAACUCCAUACUUUAGAACAUGGGAAAGCACUGACGAGGAAAAGAGUUUAGCUGAAAAAUACAAUGUGAAAGUGCGUUUUAUCGCCACGUCUAGUGGCUUAACUAGAUGGCAUUAUAUCUUUGAUGAUUCUAAAAAUGAAAAGGUGGAUAAGGAAGGCAACAGGAACAAGGAUUAUACUGGCGAGGUUUUUGGUGAUUUGCACUAUAAUGCGAUUGAAGAGACGUGGUACAAAGCUGCCGUUUUGCAACACAUGAUAGAUACAGAGUCGCUAGUGAUAGCCACGAAACUCCCUGUGCUAGAUAAAAUUAUUAAAUCACGCCCAACUGUUGCUAAUAAAGACGGCGAUAUUAUUGUUACGGCUAGUUAUGCUAUUUUCUAUAAAGAUGGAGACUCGAUGACCCCAGCGGCGGUGGUUGGCUUCCAGUUUAUAUUUAAUAACUUUCAAGACUUAUUUUUUAAAAUGACGGAAAGCACCGAGGGCGAGUUAAAAUGUGACGAGAACAGUAACUACGACUGUUAUCUCAUAGACAGCUCGGGAUACGUAGUAAUGAGCAGAGAGGGUAAAGAUGUGGGCCAGUUCUUCGGAUCCGUGGGGCAAGGCAAACAUACCCAGCAAGUCAUGCAAUCCUUCGUCGACAAGAAAGUUUUUGAAUACACGGAAGUCUUUAACUAUCAAGCUUUAUGCCCUGAUAGUAUUCGAGGAGUUUCAGAAUCGAAUUGUGGUUUCUCUAUAGAUACACCGUUACGUCUUGCAUCGAAUUUUUUCAAAUGGUUGUUAUUUGAGGCCUUUUUAGGAUUAUUUAAUAUAUUAAAUUGGAAUGACUAUACUUACGCAGCGAGUUUGCAGAACGUGUACAAUUACGUGACAGAUGACCACGAGUUUUCUGACAUAGAAAGUGAAACAGAUUUCUACGAGAGUACUACCACAAAUUUUCCACCUGGCAUUAACGAAACUGAACCAAAAGGAGGAAAGGAACCGGAAAAAGAGAAAGUGUUCUCUUGCGAUCAUAGCAUCACAUUGUACAUCUUGAAUCAAUCGUACUUCUUAGAUUCGACAGGAUUGUAUCUCGUUGUAAAUGGUGAAGAUGGAGGGGACUGCCAUCCACAAUAUUGGGCUGCCCUGGUGACAAAAACAAAUCUUUUAUUGGUGGUAGUUGAAAAAGGGACGUUGACGUACGAAGGCUGCAAGGAGCCACCAAAAGUCGAACCAAUACCCACCCCUGCAUCACGGAAAAGUAGUGAGCCUUGCCAUAAAUUGGAUUUAGGACGGUUGCCCCGUAGACCUUUGGAAGGAUGUUAUACUUAUCAUGAUAAGGAAAGAAACAUAACGGAAUGCGGUAUAGGAAGCCUUACGAGACCUUAUAUUUUAACACAAAUAUGUAUGAUCCUAUUAGCGUUGUUAAUGUCAAAGCUAGACUUAUGAUAAAAAUAAAAGUUAUUUAUUGUAAAUUACAAAUUAUAUA